AUGCACGGGCACGCUCACCAGGAGGGCGUCCACCCACAUUCGAGCUGGUUUGGCUGCGGCUGGUUCUUUGCCUCACCCAGAGCGUGCUUAGAGGACGUGGUCAGGGAUGCCAGGGAUGCGGCCCACUUCUCCGCGCACAUCGCGGGCAUGGUGCACACGCGCUCCGCCAAGGCGUGGGCGCAGCAGGCGGCCAGCCGCAGCGCUGAGGCGCUGGACCAGUCCACCAACGCCCUCAAGGAGAUCAUGAGGGCGGAGGCGUGGCAGAACACGAUGCCCCUGGUGGCGCCCGCGUGGGAAGAGAGGAGAAGACGAGUGGACUUCCUGUGA